AACUUUUGGAGAGAGAAGAUGCUGCUGAAACUGUUCCUGCUCAUUGGAAUGAUAAAUGUCAUUACCUCUGGGGACGUCAUCGAUGUAACCGGGCGGCUGGGCACCAACCUUCUCUUCCAGGUGGCGGACGCCUGCCGCACCAACAGCAGGUCUCCCUUUGACAUUUACUCUGAAAAAAGGAAGAUCGGGACGUAUCAUGAAGAAUUGAAAGGACUGAGAAGUUAUAAUGGUCGUCUGAAGUACAACAAGACGACCUGCACAGUGACCCUGACUGACCUGACGGAGGCGGACGGCUCAAAAUUCCAGGUCCACUUCCAGUUCGGCAUAGACGGCAAAUCCGGACCACAUUACAUCAACUACACCGUCAUCAUGAAAACCGGAGACUCCACAACCACCGAUCCACCGCUAACCACACUCAGCGAACCCACCAAUCGUAACAAGUCCCAGGUUUCUACUAGAAGACUUCUCGGCUUUGUCUCCUUCUGCUUUUCGCUGGACUCUGUGGUUCACGCCAUGUUCACUUUUGUGCUUCUAAUACUGACACUAAAACGAUUCUGCGAGAGGCUGGAGGAGCAGAGUGCGAAUUUCGCUUUUGGGAUCAUUUGCGGUUUCAUGGUCUUAUCUCAAGUCGUCAGCUUAGGCUUAAUCUCCAGCGAAAGGUCCUAUUCAUGGUUCCUGGUAUUAAUUCCCAUCAUUCUUGUCAUGGACAUAUUGCUAUACUUUGGAUGCCUCCCGAAAUGUGUUGGAGCUCAAAUCACCAACUUCAUGGACAGAUUUUGCAACUCCAGAUGUAAGCAGAUCGCUCAGUACAUUUGGAGAGGCUUCAUUCUGCUGCUUCAGGUCGGGUUUACAGUCUGUGUUGGGCACAUAUACCAUGGGAUCGAUGAUGACAAUUCAAGAGGACAAUCUCCUAAUAAUGGUUAUGUGGCCAUCGCUUUCAUCAUUUCUUUUCUUUUGAAUCUUGGAAUUUUCUUCAUUGGCUACUACUGUUAUAAAACAAAACGGAAUGGAUACACUCAAGCUCCUCCCAAGGAAGUUGGAACUGCACCUGAUAACCCUGGAAAGACCUGCGAAGCCUCAGUAUGAAGAUUCCAUGAUCUGUCUGACACCUGCCGAGCACCGGUGUACAAUGUACAUGCUGUGGACAACUCGGAUCUAGUGGACCCAAAUUGUACCUCACUUAAAAUGAUAAAACAUGGGGGUAAGGGCUGUCAUCUGUACUGAAGGACUAGCAGUAGAU